AUGUGGCGAUACUACUUCUUGGUCUUAUUAACCCCUUUCACUGUAAAAGGGUUAAAUGAUAAUGAAACUAAGUUCCUAAUUGAAUAUUUCAAUUAUAGGGAUGUGAAACUUAUUUGCAUUCUAAAUUGUGACGAAGCUUAUUGUCGACGGGAGAAGAUCACGCGGUUGGUCCCCUGCCCGCUGGUGAGACCUCGUAAAGUUGUUCACUGGCCUAUCAACAACCAAGGCUGUAAAGACUGCCGAGGACAGGAAUGCGUGGAGAGGCAUAAUACAUCAGGUGGUCAACAUUUCAAGUUAGACAGCAAUGAAGAUAGCGACAAAGAAGAAGCAUCAUCAAGCUCUUUAUUUGAUGCACAGCAUAAAUGGCUGAUUUUAGUUAACAACAAUUUUGUAAGCACUGAUGACGUAUCAGCGUCAGCAGAAAAAAGACAAGAAAAGAAACAAAUGGAGCAACUACUAAGAAUUCUAAAGAGCCUUAGCAUCAGUGUUGAUUCUGAUAUUGUGAUAGCGAAAAUAGGACACGAAUAUCAACUUCACGAUAUCUUCAACUUCGGCAAAAUACAAGGAGGAGAUUUUGUAAUUAAGAACUCUGGAAAUGGGCAAUUUACUAAUACGCAUGAAAAUAUACCAGGAUUUCAAACGCAGCUUAAUGAAUUCAAAUAUUACCGAAGAUGGGAUUUCAAUCAAUUGCCAAUGAAGGUGAUCAGUGUCGUGUCACCGGCACCGAAAGAUUUCGACCCGAGCAUACUGACGGACGCGGUCCCUUCGCCGAGUGUUGCUUCUAUUACGAAGACUUCCGCUACUAUUUUGGAAGUAGUGUCAAAAAUACACAAUUUGAGAUUCGUGCAUUCUUUAGGCGAUAGAUGGAUAGGUGACUUCAAUGUAAAUGAAUCACAGAAGGUGAUAGCCAGUGCUCUGUACUACAAGCAGCAAGACUUGUCUCCAGCCAUCAGAUUGUUAGGAGACACGUACGACAAAUAUGACGUGCUGCAUCCACCAGUAACUUCUAUCGAACGAAUAAAAAAUAAUGUUUCAGUUUUCGAUGACAACACGGUGGAGACGGGAAGUAUGUCAUCAGCGCGCAAAUUGACGGUUCUAGUUACUGGAAUAUCAUGCGUUCUCAUUUACAACUACUACACGAGCAGUGUGGUCAGCUGGCUACUCAAUGGUCCGCCGCCAUCCAUUAAUUCUUUAGAAGAACUCCUUGACAGCUCCUUGGAGCUGAUCUUUGAGGAUAUAGGUUACACUCGCUCAUGGUUACAGCACCCGUUCACGAGCAUGACGCAUGAACCAACCAUCGCUUCGCUCAACCAUAUUUUAGGGUACGUAACGACCCGCCUCACACGACACCACCGAAGAGACUUAAGAGAGCAUGACUACCCAUAA